GUUAGGAAAUGCACCAAAAAGCCACAGACCGAUGCCAACACUCCGGAUCCUAGUCAAAGUGGUGCCCAAAGAGGAGGUACCGGUGGCACACGAGGAGGUAGGAGUGGUAGUGGACGAGGAGGCAGGAGUGGUGCACGUGGAGGACGGACGAAUCUUGGCGGUAGUGGACGAGGAGACAGUAUUAGAGGGUGUGGGGGACGGUCGGGUACCGGUGGCCGUGGUCGUAGGACGAGAAGGGUUGAUAGAGGAAGGCCUAUUGACAUCUUGCUUAACCCAGAUGGUUGAAAUAAGGUGAAUGGUACUUGUUAUUUGGUCUUGUUUAUUUGUUUUUUUGCAUACAUACAUGUUAUUUUACUUUACUAACUACCAAAUUUGUCUUUAUGGGCAUGGCUUCUUCCGGUUCCGUGACGAGGCCACCGUGUGCUAACCGCGAGGAUAUGCCGGACAAGUGGAUAGACGCCGAGUUGGAUAAGGUGAAGGACAAAGGUAUGAGAACUCCAUCAUGUUGGUGUGGAGAUGUUUGCAAAGUUAAGGUAUCCACCGACCGCAAGAAAUCAUGGACGGAAGGAAGAAGAUAUUUUGUUUGUCCCAACUAUGCCUACGAUUGUCCUCGUCCAGCUCACGCAUAUGAUGUAUCGCUGUCGCCGCCUCCACUUUGUAAGUACUUCACAUGGAUAGAUCAAGAUGUGCCAGAAGAUGUUAAGAAAGAUCAACAUCGAGAUUGUCUAAGGAGGCAGCGGUUGUUUGAAGAAGCAUUUCAGAGAGGCUUGGAUGAAGAGCGUCGUGAAAAGGAGAGGAUGGAGCGCAAGAAGCGUGAAGAGGAGAGGGCACGCAAGGAGAAGAUUGCUCGUCAAGAGGAGAGAGCAAGAAAGCUUGCAAGGGCUCGUGAAGCCCAAGAGGAGGAUGAGGCACACGACAAAAAAGGAAAAUGGCCUCGUGUGACCCAAUAAGGCCUUUGUUUCAAAAAACUAGUCAUGAACUAUGCCUUCGAUCUCGAGAAACAUGUGAUGAACUAUGUCUUUGAUUUGUGAUACCUAUCAUGAACUAUGUACUUUAUUGUGAAACCUUUCAUGAACUACG